UGUUACCAUUAUAAGUUAUCCAGGUAUUAUCAGUUGAGUGGUUGAAACCGGAAAGCCAAACUGACUUGCUGUCUCAUAUUUUAUUAGUGUAACUAAAUCUCAUUGGUUUCAUGGCGGAUUUCAUCAGUUCAUUCUCCACAAACCAAACAAUAAAAUUUCACUGUUUGGUUGAAAUUUCUGUCCAACUGUAAUCACAUAUUUGAAUGUUUGUCUGAAGUGCACACAUUUUUGCUACUGUUGCAGAUAUCCUCCUGGAGUUAACGACUUGCAAUGGGAGAUCUUAAUCUUCUGAAACCGUAUGUUGUUUUCGAGCAGUUGUUUGAACAAAAGGUCCGGAUAGAAGAUAGGAAUUGUCUCGACUUUGCCGAUAUAGAUGUGGCUGCUGGUGUUUUGACAUCUUGUCAUGGUUCGGCAUUGGUUAAGGUCGGGAAAACUCAGGUGAUUGCAGGUGUAAAGGUUAAGGUUAUUCCUGAAAGCGGAAACUCAGGAAGUAUCAUAUGCAAUGUCGAGUACGCUGGUUUGUGCCAUCGAGGUUCACGUUUGAACGCUUCCCAACCUAAGUACUCACAGUGGCUCUCUUCCACAAUUCAACGACUGUUGAAUGAUUUUGCAUUCCCAUCUGUUGAAAAUCAGCUAAAUAUAUACCCAAUUACUGGCAAUGCAAACAAUUCUGUACCUAUUGCUUCAUAUGCUGUAAAGCUUGAUAUUUUCAUUCUACAUGAUGAUGGAUGCUUAUUGGAUGCUUGUGUUCCGGCUGCACUUGUCAGUCUUUCAACAGCUAGUUGGACCAAGUUAUAUGCAGUUACUGACGAACGAGCUGCAGGUUCAUAUUUAGACUGUUAUAAACCUGGCCCAUUGAAGGAGAAGAAAUCUUUAGCAGUGAAUGAAUGGCCUGUUUCAUUGUCUUUCUGUUUUAUCCCGGGGCCGGUCGCCAGUAGGAAAUCUAAAGUUGUUCCUAUUAUUGCUCAACCUACGAAAAGAGAGUUGGAUAUCUGGGACACAGAUGCUGGUCCAGUUCACAUAACAGUCUCAUCGGGUGGUGAUAUAAUAGACUUUACAAUGGUCAAUGCAUUUUUGACAGGUCUUUGGGACACUUUGAUUCUAUCGAAAAGCAGUGAUAGUGAUUCUGUCAGCAUCUGGAAUGUCUUAUUUGAUUCUGCGACUUCUCACGCUCAGAGAGUGCGUCAAGUAAUCCGAAAGGCAGUUAACUAGUCUCUGCUUUUCACUAUAGAUGUGAAUAGCAUACCAAUGGUAAUCGAAUUGUAACUACUGGCACGACAGUGCAUUUUGAAAAAUGUCUCUCAGUUAUACAACAAAGUGUGGCUUAUUAGCUCAUUAUUGUAAAAGAAUGUUGUAAAUCGCUAUUUGUCUUCUCCGUGCUUCUGUGUUUGGCUGCUUGUCAUUCUACUUUGCUGUAUUCAUUUUGGAUUCAGGCGUAUCGUAGUUUGUGCAAUUCAAAUCAACCAGAAUUGCGAUAAUCAUUAGUUUUUGUGUUAAUACUGCCGUAACCUCAGGGAUUGUAUAUCUGCAUACUUUAUUUUGCGUUCAAUGUUAGACUUUGUAUUAACCUGGACUAUUUUUCUUUCUCCUAUCAUAUCCCUCCAGUCAGUAUUUUCUGUUAUGUAAAAAACCUUUGUUGAUGAGUUCAAAAUAUCAA